UGCAAAAACGACCUGUAAGACAACGCUGAGGGAAUUAGGACUCCUCUUCAGCGAGAAGCGUCGGAUGUGAGUUUGAACCGAAGAAACGGGGCUGAAAUGAAGCUGCCUUCAACCUAAACGGGACCUAACUGCUGGAAAUAAAAGACUUCCCCUCCUUUUCUAUUCAAACAGGAACUCCCCCCGUGAGCUCAGUUCCUGACGGCACCACCAUGUCGUGCCGGGACAUCCACGCCACCAACGCUUUCGCCUUCAUCCUUGCCUUUGUGUCAGUGGGGGGGAUUGCUGUGGCAGCAUUAAUCCCGCAGUGGCGCAUAACGAGACUCGUCACUUUCAAUCGUAAUGCCAAGAAUGUCAGCGUGUACGACGGGCUGUGGGCUAAAUGCGUGAAACAGGACGGCUAUUCAGGAUGUUACUACUAUGAUGCAGAGUGGUACGCUAAAGUCGACCAGCUGGACCUGCGGCUUCUGCAGUUCUGUCUGCCUGCAGGCCUGCUGUUUGGCUCUCUGGCCUUGCUGCUGUGCAUGGCGGGAAUGUGUAAAACCUGCUGCUGCUCGGACAAGCCGGAACCGGACAUUAAGACCAUCAGAUUCCUGGUCAACAAUGCAGGCUGUCACCUGGUGGCAGGGACGUUCUUGUUCCUAGGCGGAGCUAUCGCCAUCGCACCCUCGGUGUGGUUCCUGUUCCGCACCAAGGAGAUGAACAUCAGAUACGAUAACAUUUUCUCCGACGGCUUUGCUGUGUAUGUUGCUAUAGGCUGCUCUGGAGGACUUAUGCUGGCCGCCCUGCUGAUGUUCAUGUGGUACUGUAUGUGUAAGAAGUUGCCUUCACCCUUCUGGUUGCCGCUGCCCUCCAUGCCUAACUCUCUGUCCACCCAGGCUCUUACUGCCAACGGAUAUCCUCCUUCCCCGGUUUAUGGUCCUCAGCCCUUCCCGUCACAGCCCUUCCCUCCCACAGUUAUCGAUGCCCAGCCGUAUUUGACCUCUCAGGGCUACGCACAAGGUGCGGUCGCCCCGGCACAGGUCUACGUGUCCCAGGUUUCCGCUCCAGAUGGGUAUGGUUCAGAGGUUGGAGGGACCCAGGCCUACAGCUACGCUCCGUCCCAGGGCUACGCGCCGUCCCAGAGCUACGCGCCGUCCCAGAGCUACGCGCCGUCCCAGAGCUACGCUCCGUCCCAGAGCUACGCGCCGUCCCAGAGCUACGCUCCGUCCCAGGGCUACGCUCCGUCCCAGAGCUACGCGUCCACCUAUGCGGGCCACCGCUACUCCUCCCGCUCACGGAUGUCUGCCAUAGAGAUAGACAUUCCCGUACUGACACAGUAAGAUAAAAGGCAGCUGAUAACUUCAGCACUUUGAAGGCUUCUGUUCGUGAAGAUCACUACUGAUGAAACUAUUAGAGUAUAAUAGAUGAAAAUAUAUGAGAGCUACUUACAGCCCCUGGAGUGUUUCAGUCAGCCAGUAUAAGUUCCCUGGGCUAAUGAAGGAUAAGAUUUUCUACUAUAUCACUUGUGCAAACAAUACUGUAUUUAGCGUAAUAUUGUAGAAAAGGAAGAACGGAUACUUUAAAGACAUUUGAACAAAUCUGCCUUUUUCAUAGUUUUACCAGCAGAGAACGACCACAAACGUGGCCAAAGGACCAAUGCCAAUUGUUACUAGCAUGUGGUAUGUGGGCUGACUAUAAAUCCCCAUUCAUGUUUUUUUAGAGUAAAGACGCCAAAAGGCUCCUGACAGCAUGUUGGUUGUUAUUCUGUUACAUUUGUUUAUGUUGGAUACAUAUUCAUAGUAAAAUGAAGUGUCACUUUUAUCUGCGUAAAGCUUUUGGUUUAGAAGUCUAAUGUUAUCAAUCACUACUGUAUAUUACUUAACAUUCUGUGGUUUUAAGUGGACAACUAACUGACUCACCUGUUAAUAUAUUUGUUUGUUGUAUUACAUCAAUUUUUUAUGUCAUAUUGCCUUGGUGAGGAGUAGUGGAAGUUUUUAAUGCACUAAUUGUGUGAAAUUUGUGCCAGUUUACAUUGCCUUUGUUCACUGAACCCUUGAAUAUUCUUUGUUAACAUAACUUUUAAGCUUACUAUUCUAUUCUGUUAAACUACAGAACAAACACUAGCAGAUUUUGAUUAUUGUGUAACUACAUUUUUAUUGUACAGUAAAGAAAAAAGCAAACUAAGAAACAAGUGUUUUUUUUAAUCUUUUCUCAACAUGUCCCCUGAUAACUAAAACAUUUGGCUGCUCAAUGGUGGUAGACAGUUUAGGUCUUUUGCAUAAUGAGUACUGUUCAACAGUCCUUCAAAGUCUAAAUGCGUUUAUCUUAUUCAAUAAGGUUGAAGUCAAAUGUUUUUGUACUCUUUAUUUUUAUUAAAACCAAUCCAAAUGUA